UAGACAUCUUCGAGAUGUGUAUAAAUUCAAACCUCCGACCUUUCACGCAGAUCACCAGCAGCUGCUAACGUAACCAAAACUCCACCUUUAAUUUCUGCCUUUGCUUCUAUCACUUCUAACGUUACGUUUCUUCACUUCACUUUUUCAAAUCGUUCAAUCUUUUUCUCGAAAGCUUAAAUGGAGAUAUCAACCACGAUGCUCUACUGCUUCCUUCUUUGUGCUGCUUUGCUUGUUGGCCCAUCUAAGGCCGACAAAAAUGUCACCACCAUUCUACUUAACAGCGCUGUGGCCGAGGGGGCUGUCUGUUUGGACGGAAGCCCACCAGCGUACAACUGGGAUGCAGGAAAAGGUUCUGCUACCCGCAACUGGUUGGUUCACCUCGGGGGAGGAGGGUGGUGUAUAAAUAGCACCAUCUACGACAACAGGGAUUACGCAUAUGCCGGGAACUGCACUGCCCGUGCCCGAAGUGGCGAUGGAUCUUCUUUCCAUAUGGGUGAUUCUUUUCUGUUCAAGGGGAUUUUCAGCGAUAAAAAGAACGAGUCUUACUUCUACGAUUGGAACCGUGUAGUAGUAAGAUACUGUGACGGCGGGUCAUUCUCUGGAGAUGUGGAUCAACCCGACCCGCUUUUCUAUAGGGGGGCAAGAAUCUAUAGAGCGGUGGUGAAGGAGUUGAUGAGCAAGGGCAUGAAAGAUGCUGAAAAUGUGAUUCUUGCGGGAGGUUCUGCCGGGGGAAUAGGCGCAAUGAUUCAUUGUGAUCAUUUCCGAAGCCUCUUUCACCUGAGUGUGAAUGUCAAGUGUUACAUUGAUAGCUCACUCUUCCUGAAAUUGAACAACCCCAAGGAUGCCAAGUUCUUCAAAACAGUUUUUGGCAUGGUUGUUAAAUUGCAGGAAAGUGUCAAGUCACUUCCCCAAGAAUGUAUAUCGGAAAGAAGUGCAACAUCGUGCUUCUUUCCUAAAAUCUUGGUGAAGUACAUCAAAAGUCCAAUUUUCUUUUUGAAUUCUGCCUUUGACUCAUAUCAGAUAAGGAAUUCCUUUUCUGAAGAUUUAUACAAUCGUAUAAAAUAUCAUACGGUGAGUCCAAGUGAUAUGAAGAUAUUAAAAGGGUUUAGGCGUCAAAUAAUAAAGGCACUGCCUACGCCAAGGGCCACAAAUGGGUAUUUGGUCACUUCCCAGUUUGGUCAUACCUUCGGCUUGGGCGGUUAUUUGAAGAAGCCCAUGUUUCCUGAAAAGAAAACUUCAAAGACAAUAGAAGAGGCAUUCGUCAAUUGGUUCUUUGAUGAAGGAAGGGUCCAUUUGAUUGAUCCAAGGGAUGAGCCAUUCUGGGAGAAUAAUGUUACAUCAAAUAUCCGUUAGCAGCUAUUUUGGUGGAUAUAUUAUAUUUCUCUCUGUAUUUGUUUUUUUAGAAAUUGUCCUAAAUAAGAAUAAAAACGUUUUGAAAUUUCAAAAUAGGACUUUCAUAUUUUAUUCCUUAAAUAGGAGUAAUUCUGCCAAGUUUGGAAAAAAUGUCAUGUUUAAAGCCUAGUAAUGUCAAACUUGGCAGAAAUUUACUCGUAUUCAGGGUAUAAAAAACAUGAUAGUCCUAUUUUGUAAUUUCAAAACUUUUUUACUCCUAUUUAGAGAAUUCUCUCUUGUUCUUUCGAACGAUUUCUCUCUGUAUUUGUUAAAUAGCUAGAACGUGCCCUGCUUCUAUAUAAUGGUAAUUAUUAAACUUCAUAUAAUAUGUUUGUUAAUUUCUUUGAUCUUGUUCUGAUCUGCCGGUAUAUAUUUG